AUGGCUGAUGAGGUUGGAGCAAAAACUGAUGAGCUUUGGCAAGUUGUAUCACAAACUCUAAUGCCAUGCUCUCAUGGCUCCACAUAUUUCCCUCUUGCCAACCCAGGUCUCAAUUUCAUUGUCUAG